UUCCUGUCAGUCGGGGCACUGUCGCUGGUAUAUUCUCAAAGGUUAUGUGGGGCUGAGUGCUGCAGUGUACACGGAAAUUUUCGGCAUCUUGCUUCACAAUUCCUCUGCCAAGCUCUUGCUCUUUCUCACUUUAGGGAUCCCAACUUUAUGUAUUGUAAUGAUGUAUGCUGUUAAACCUUGUACCCCCGCUUCCGGGGAAGACUCUGCUGAGCGUGGCCAUUUUCUUUUCAUCCAAGUGGCCAGUGUUUUGCUUGGCUUAUAUCUUCUCACUACCACAGUAUUGAGUCAUUUUAUUCCUUUGAGUGAUACUGUUUCCUAUACUUAAAUUGUCAUAAUGAUUCUACUUCUCAUGGCUCCACUUGCUAUCCCUGCAAAGAUGACAUUAUAUCCCUCAAAUCGGAGUAAGUUAGGAACACUUGGUCGACCAGUAGGGUCUUCAGACCAACUUAUUCAAGCAGAAGGUGAUAUGGGCAAAUCGGAACCGUUGCUCACCCCAUCUACAUCAACAACAAAUAUUGGAAGUUUUCAUGAGAGCGAUAGUGUUUCGAAGGUGGAUAUGCUUCUAGCUGAGGGAGAGGGCGCAGUGAAGAAGAGACGGCCCAAAAGAGGGGAAGAUUUCACUUUCCGUGAAGCUAUAGUGAAGGCUUAUUUCUGGCUUCUGUUCUUUGUUUAUUUCGCCCGUGUUGGUUCGGGUGUUACUGUUCUCAACAACUUGGCUCAGAUAGGAAUAGCUCAAGGUCAAAAACAAUCCCUAGGACAAUUUGGAUGACAUUCACACAAACCAUAAUGAUCAUUACAUACCUUUUCUUUGCUUCUGCUCUUGAUGGUAUACUCUAUGUCGCAACAGCAGUACUUGGAAUCUGCUACGGCUUUCAGUUUUCCAUAAUGGUCCCAACCGCCUCCUAGCUUUUCGGAUUAAAGCAUUUUGGGAUAAUCUUCAAUUUCAUGUCGCUCGGGAAUCCUCUCGGUGCUCUCCUUUUCUCUGGUGUCCUUCCGGCUUACGAGAUGC